UUUCCGCCAGGAUAUUUGGAGGCUCUGUGGUUUCUUCGCCGUAACCUUCUCCACGGCUCAUGUCCGCUUCCAUACGUUUCUUCCAUAAUUCGGUUUAGCAUACCAUUCACUCAAGACACAUCAUCUAUAACUGCUGAUAUCGGAGAAGAUGACGGACUCAAUAGCCGAUAUGCUGACGGUCCAAAAGCCAGCGGGCAUACCAUGGCGUCUCAAGACGGCAGAGCUCAUGCCCCACGAGCAGUGGCGGACGCUCAUGGCUCUCAUGGACACAGUCGUGCCCAGCAUUCAGAAGGAGUCGACAGCCCCGAAGCGGAAAUCCAGGUCAAUAGCCUACAUCUCAGACAGCCGUUACCAAGAUGCAGUUUCUCACCUGAAGAGUAACACGAUUCUGCUUGACAACGCGUCGGAGGAUGAGCUGGACAAGUACCUCUCAGAUAGGCCAACCGACGAUCUCAUGUUCCAACAGGUUCUGAAGGGCAUGCUGCACCAUGUCCCCCCCGAGCUGCAAACGUUGCUCUCCCGUGUUCUGUACUUACUGAACACGCAGGCCGGUAGUCUCAUUCUCACUGGGUAUGCCACGCCUAUCGCCAAGCUGCCGCUGGAGGACCGCACCAAGAUCCUCCAUAAGUGGGCCAACAGUAGCCUGUAUAAAAUCCGUGGUCUCUACAGGCAGGUCACCACGCUGGCCAAGGUCGUCUUCAGCGCCACGAACCCAGCCUUCUUCAAACUAUCUGGCUUCCCCACGACACCUGUAGGGUGGAAACCCCCGACGGGUUACCCUUACGAGUUCAUCCAGUUCCCACCUGCCUCCGCCCCGGCUCCCGGGGCCAAGACGUCGUCACAGCCUCCACCGGUCGAGAUCGAAACCGACGUGGUGAUAGUAGGCUCGGGCUGCGGGGCUGGCGUCUGCGCCAAGAACCUCGCCGAGGCGGGCCACCGGGUCCUGGUCGUCGACAAGAGCUACUACUUCGACGCGUCGUCGUUCCCCAUGGCCUCGGGCGAGGCCUUCUUCCACCUGUUCGAGGGCGGCUGCACCACGGGCAGCGACGACAACAGCAUCUCCAUCGUGGCGGGCUCGUGCUUCGGCGGCGGCGGCACCAUCAACUGGAGCGCCAGCCUGCAGCCGCAGGGCUUCGUGCGCGACGAGUGGGUGCGCGAGCGGGGCCUCGCCUUCUUCGGCACGCAGGAGUUCCAGAACUGCCUGGACCGCGUCUGUGGCCAGAUGGGCGUGCACGAGGACUUUGAGCCGAACCACGGCAACGCGAUCCUGCUCGAUGGCGCGAGGAAGCUGGGCUGGUCUGCCAAGAAGGUCCCGCAGAACACGGGCAGCUGUGCUCAUGAUGAUGGCCACUGUGCGAUGGGCUGCUCCACUGGCGAGAAGAACGGCCCUGUGAAUGGCUGGUACCCCGAUGCUGCGAGGCACGGGGCGAAGUUCGCCGAGGGGUUCAAGGUAAAGAAGGUGCUCUUUGAUGAGAGCGGGAGGAAGAGGGCUGUGGGGGUUGUUGGUACGUGGACCAGUCGUGGCAAGGAUGGCAAGACGGAUGGCCCAGAUGAGGACAAGAUUGUGAGGGAGGUGGUCGUCAAGGCAAAGAAGGUCAUUAUCAGCAGUGGCACUCUAUGGAGCCCGAUCAUAUUGAAGAACAGUGGCCUCAAGAACUCCCAGAUCGGCCGCAACCUUUACCUACACCCAGUCAACGUUUUGCACGGCUUCUUCAAAGAAGAUGUCCGGCCGUGGGAGGGUGGCAUCCUGACCACAGUCGUCAACACCUUCGAGAACAGCGAUGGCAAAGGCCACGGCCCAAAGCUCGAGGCCCUCUCCAUGAUGCCGUGCUUCUCGAUGCAGUUCCUGAACUGGACAGACGGCGUCGACUUCAAGCUCCUCGCCCUCAAGUACCGCCACAUGAACAGCUACAUCUCCAUCGUGCGCGACCGCGACACCGGCACCGUAUACCCAGACCCGGUAUCCGGCCAGCCUAGGAUCAUAUACACACCAUCUGCAUUUGAUCGCGCCCAUGCCAUGAUCGGCCUCGUCGCCCUGGCCAAGAUCCUCUACCUCCAGGGCGCGGUGGAGAUCCACGCCGGCCUGCCAGGCAUGAGGCCCUUCAUCCGCGAGGAUGCAUCAGCCGCCCCGUCCACAAAGCCGACGGACGACCUCGUCAGCACGGUAUCCGACGCCGGCAUCGCCGACCCCCGCUUCCAGGCCUGGCUCGCCGAGCUCGAGAAGCACGGCAACAAGCCGCCCGCCGCGACCUUCUGCACCGCGCACCAGAUGGGGACGAACCGGAUGAGCACUUCCGAGAAGACCGGGGUGGUCGACCCGCGUGGCAGGGUCUGGGGCACCGAGGGCCUGUACGUGAGCGACGCGAGCGUGUUCCCUAGCGCCAGUGGUGUUAACCCCAUGGUGACGAAUAUGGCUAUUUCGGACUGGAUCUCGAGGAAUGUGGCGGGCGAUCUUGCGAGGGAUGGGGAGAGGGCUCGGCUGUGA